AUGGCUGAUCUAAACAAUGCUGAUUACACGCUCUAUUCGUCCCCCUUUUCCCUCUACUCUAUGAUGGCACGCCAUACCAUUCAGUUGGGACGUAUGUCACAGAACGCGAGACCUCCAAAAUCAAUCACGCUAGACUUCAUCUACCACCGCAAGGACAGGAAUCUGGAAGAGGAUUAUCUGCGAGUGAACCCCAAAGGCCAGGUGCCCGCCAUGACUGGGAAUGUUCUGGAGCAGCCUCUUACCGACAGCAUAUCCAUCUCGCUCUACAUGGCCGAGAAACACUAUCCAGCUUUGCUACCAGCCGAACACGCCGCCGUGAUCAAAGACCUGCUACAAAGAUUCCAUUCCAUUUAUGGCCUAUCAUUCAGCAAUCUAAAGCCGACGUCGGUGAUGGAUCAUUAUAACCCUUCACCAGUAGAGAAAAUCCUCGAAAGGACAGAUAUCAGCCCAGAAUACCGCAAACUUCUUGAGGGUAAACUCAAAUUCCACAAUGACCAUAACGCCAUAGCCUUUCAUCCAGAUAUUGUAGCCAAAGCCCGCGCAGACCUUCAAACCAUCUUCGCAGAGGUCGUGGAGCACCGCAAGCAAAGCGGUGCUUUCAAUAACUACAACGAAUGGACCUUUGGCCCCAAGGUUGGACCUACCGUUCUCGACAGUCACUUCCUUCCACUCGUACUGCGUUGUAUCGAAGUCCGCAAUACCGAGCUCGUUCCUGAAGAGCUGCAGCGCUGGUCUGAAACUAUGUCAAAAAGUCCCUCGUGGCUGAAGGUCAUGCACGGCAAGCCGACAAUGCACGAUCCUUCGAUGGGGCCUGUUGAAGACAUGCAGGAGAUGAUGUCUCUAUAG